UUCUGUAGCAGAUCAGGUCUCUGAAGCCCUGGGGGGUGGAGGGGUCGCUGGGGGCUAAGGGGGUUUAAUCAUCAUGGCACCGCCUCUGGCAGGGGGUUUGGCUGCUGGGCAGGGAACUUGAACCACAAAUCGCCCCCCCGGCCCUGACCUGUCCUGCUGGGUCCGUCUCGGCUUCCAGAUUGGCUGGAGAGUCCGGAGCAGGCAGGGGGACCAGGGCCAGGACCCCCGCCCCGGCUCGGCUUUGCUGCUGCUGAAUCGGACCCAGUCAGACAGAGAGGAGCCGACCCCAGCCCAGGGCCUGCAGCAGCAUCUGUAGCCUGAGUGUCGCUGAGAGACAAUGGGGCCAGGAACUGGGGCUGCUGAGAGUGAAGUGCCGCUGCAGGAGUUGCGUGUUGAGGGCAAUGGACACCUGGAGACUGUCGGGGAGCCAGAACCUCGUCGUAAUGGCAAGAAAUGUAACUACAAGAAAUAUACAGUUGUGCUCUCGGUCGCCCUCGCAGUUGUGUUCUUGGUUUUCAUCAUCACUGUGUUGCUAUCUAGGUGUUCACCAGCUGCCCUCGGCCCCUGGUGCCCAGAUGGCUGGGUCGGGUACGGAGGGAAAUGCUACUGUUUCUCCGAGGCCGAAGGGAACUGGGCCUACAGCCAGAACAACUGCUCCUCCCUUGGUGCCUCCCUGGCUGUGACUGACACCCUGCAGGACCUGGAUUUCCUGCUGCGCUAUAAAGGCAAAGACCAGCAUUGGAUCGGCCUCCGGAGGGAGCAGGAGCUGGGCCAGCCCUGGAAAUGGGCCAAUGGCACUGAAUUCAACAACCUGUUUGGAAUAACAGCAGAUGGUGACUGCGCAUAUCUGAAUGACGAGAAUAGGGUCAGCAGCUUGCGAUGCACCAGUGAGAGACACUGGAUCUGCAGCAAACCUGAUGCGUUUACAAAGGCAAAGGAGGCAGCAGUGGAAGGGGGCUCACAACAAGAGUAUUAUCAAAAUUAGCACUGGAAAAGCCUGUUCGCCCCCUUCCAGGAGCCCAUUAGGUUGGAAGGGGCAGGGAGUGGGUAGGUGUGUCACACAC